GGCGUGUGGGUGGACGUGGAGCUGGAGCCCCCUUUCAAGAUUCUCGACGCGUGCCCGACAGUCAUCGAGAUGUUCGGCUUCAACGAGCAGGAGAUCGUCGGCAGAAACUUGAGGAUGUUUCAAGGCCCCAUGACCAACACGGUCGAGCUCGCGAAAGCUAUCCAAGGAAGCAGCAGUGACAGCAGGCAUAUAGCACUUGUCCUCUACAACAAGGAAGGGGAGGAAAGGAUUGUUUCUGUCGGGUUCCGGCAAGAGGACGUUCCGAACUCAGACAAGAAGAAGUGCAUCGCUCUCAUCGAGCAUGGAGACUGGGUGCCCAAGAAGAUCGCCGAUGCCGAGGAUGGCCGAUCCAAGAUUGUUGUGUCGUCAGAGAAGCCCUACAGCAUCGCAUCGAUGAGUUUAAAGUUCAGCGCGCUGUUUGGAGGUCUCGAAGAGGGGAGGGUUGUCGGCAGGAGCUUGAGUGUUCUCUUCGGUCCUCGCACAGACAUGCUCAAGCUGGAUAGAUGCAUGCAGGCGGCGAAGGCGGCAAGGACGCAGAACUUGACGCUGUGGGCCUGCACACGGGAUGCCCAAGAGCUCAUGGUGGAUAUUAUCAUAUACCCUGUGCUGGUAAACGGGGUCAUCUCGCAUUUCAUGUUGGUGAUGAAGAAGGCUGCAGGAGUGAGUGGAUGAAGUCUGUGUUCCAAUUGAUAAGUCUGACAUUGUAAUCUCAAUCAAUAAAUCUCCCUAUGAUCCUA